AUGGCGUACGAAUCAACCAGCCGCAAAUCUGAGUCUAGCACCAUCAUACGAUUGUCAGAUGCUACUAGCAACGAUGAUGGUCCUACCGAAUUUCCAUUAAAUAUCACUGAAAUCGAAGACCGUUCCGAAGAAACGCUACCAAAGGCUACAUUUGGGUGGUCUUGGCGGGCAAUGGAGUGGCCUUGGUGGAUAGAUUUGCAGUUGGUCUCUGCGAUUCUAGGGAUAGUGGGGAACCUACUGGUUAUACUUGUGGUGUUCCGGAAGAAUUCCUCAAGUCGCUCUACUGACAUUUUGGUAGGAAAUCUAGCAGUUGCAGAUUUCCUAUUAUCCAUUGCAAUGAUUCCCCUCCCAAGAGCUCAAACAAUGCCAUUAAGUGCAGCUGGACGCUUGUAUUGUAUAUUCAUUUAUUCACAGACUAUGAAAUGGAUGCUCAUCACGGUGUCCUCGUAUCAACUCGUCAUCAUAUGUUUUGACCGCUUCUUUGCAGUUGUCUAUCCUCUGACUUUCAAUCGCAUGGUCACUAAACGGCGGGUGUACAUCUGUACAUCUCUGGUGUGGUUGACGUUCAUGACCGCGGGAAGCAGGGACAUAUUUAUCUUUAAAGUUGAUGACAUCACUGGACGUUGCGUUCGUCAAAGGUUUUCCCCUGAAGGCGACAUGGCCUUUGCCGCUUACUUCGUCUGUCUGCGCAUAGGUGUACCCACUUUCUUGAUCCUUUUGACUCAACUGUUGAUCGCCAAGAAACUUCAUCAAGAGGCCCAACAUUUCUCCAAGAUCUUAACCGAAGGAUCCGUCACCGCCAAGCCAUCAAACCACCUUACAGCCCGCACUCGCGUUCUCAAGAUGAUGCUCAUUGUCAUAAUAGUGUUUAUCAUUUGCUGGGCUCCAUCUCAGAUUGCCUUCUUCUGUGCAAACAUGGGUUUCAUUGCAAGGAGCUACCUCGGGAGUCCACUACAACGUUCUCUCAUAACAAUGGCGUUCUUCAAUUCAUGCUUGAAUCCUUUCAUCUAUACAGCCAGGAAUCCACAGUUUCGUACCGCACUCAAAGGCAUCUUCAUCUGCUCUCGAGCAAGCCAUGAUCCUGUCUUUGAGCACAAAUUAGUAGAGACGUCCUCUAGUGCACCUGUUACCGCACCUGUUAGUUUAUCUUCUGUUUAGUGCAGAUGGCAGUGCCAAUCCCAUUACCAUCACUUUUGCAAUAUGAUAACAUUUUCCUUCUUUCAGUUUUACAAUCAUAAGCGUUUUAAUAGUCAUAAUAAUCACCUACGGAACCAUUUUUUCAGGGGAGGGGUGGCAUUGUUCAUUUCCUCGCUUAGCCUCAAAUAUUUGGUGUGAGGGGAAGAAAUGGAUGCCAAUUGAGAAAAGUUUUGAAUUUCAGGGUGUUAAUGAUGUGCAAAUGCACAAAUCAUUUGGCGCCAUCCUACUUACAAGAAAGUUUAAUUAAAGUGAGUGACAUUCAUCAGCA